AUGAGCCACCUUGUAAGAGCUUGGCAAAUCAGUUUCCGUGACGUGGACAGAGUGACCUUCAGCGACAGUGUAAGAAGACAAUUUGGAGAGAGUAACUCGGAGAUCAGGGGGCAGCCGCGGCCUUUCUGGUUAAAGCCGCAGAGUGCUACAGAAGUGGGGGAGGGGAGGCUGGGCCCAGGCCUUCACCGCAAACAACCAUCCUUUCGCAAAGGUAGGCGAUGCUCGUGUGGAGAUAACCUUUUCAACAUCGGUAUUGGGAAAAGCACAGGAAAAUGUCCCUUUAAAAACUCCAGAGGUUACUGA